AUGCGAAGGUCUUUCUAUUCGGCGUGUUUGACUGUUUGGCUUGCGGCACAGGUAAAUGCAAAUCAGCUUACACCAGAGCACGAGAGAGACACCGGUGCUGGCACGAGGGCACCGAAGAGGAUUGGUCCAUCAUGGUUAUUUGAUAUUGGCUCAGUCCUUGGACUCCCAGACUUGUCAGGCAAAGGACCAAGUUCCGUGAUUCCCGAUUCCCUCACCAGCGUCGAUGCGAUACCAAGCUCGCUCUUCUACAAUGAUAUCACCUCGAGCACAAUUAUACCAGCUUCAUCUACGUUGUCACAUGUGCCUGUAGCGCUAUCUUCAUCCUCAACUUCAGGUGCCUCCGAAACGGCCACAUCCACACUCUCGGCGACAGCAGCAACGUCUGAAACCGGAACCGCAGCUAGUACAUCGGCCGCCGGGGCUGCAAGUACGGAAAUCAGCAAUUCGGCACUUUCAGGUUCAUUGAUCAAUUCGACAAUUCAAACAUGCCACAGUCCCUUGAUUAAUUCAGACUUUGUGUAUUGGCUCGAAGCCCAAAACCAUGGCGGCAAGGGCGCCGGGUACGCGCCAUACUCCAGCUCUCCGAGUACGUAUCCCGUGUUUCGCAACGCGAUGGACUACAAUGCGAUCAAUGAUGGCACCGGUGAUCAAACAGCCGCGCUGCAAAAGGCCAUCGACGACGAUGGUAAUGGAGGGAGCCGGAAAGGAACGGGCGUCACGCGCAAUCCAGCUGAAGUAUACCUCCCUGGAGGCGAGUAUCUGCUGGGUAGUACUCUUAGUCUGACCGUCGGCACCAUCAUUGUCGGAGAUCCCAACAAUCCUCCCAUCUUGAAAGCGGCUCCCGGUUUCAAGGGAGAUUUUCUGGUCAUGGGAUACGAUAAGCAUAACGGCAACCCGGAAACGAGUUUCAUGACCUUGAUGAAGAACGUGAUUCUUGAUACGACGGAUGUCACAGCCACCCAGCCCAUUACAGCCUUGCAAUGGGGCGUAGCGCAGGGAAGUGGUCUGACGGGUGUUCAGGUCCGAAUGCCGACAGGCGAAUGUUCUCACACUGGUAUCAACAUCAUCGCUGGCUCGACGAUAGCGGUGACCGAUGUCAUCAUUACUGGUGGCGCUGUAGGAAUUAUCAACUCGAAUCAACAAGUCAAUUUCAAAAAUGUUCGUUUUGUCGGGUGUCGUACCGCAUUUGAAGCCGCUGGUGGUUGGACUGUACUUCUCCAAGGCGCCCUCUUUGACACCUGUGGGACAGGCGUCAAUAUGACCACAAAUGCUCUGGGAAGCUUGGUCAUCCUUGAUUCCUCUUCGACCAAUUCUGGUCCCCUGAUUCGUUUCCACGAUUCAUCGCGAGAUACUGGCAAGCAAAAUAGCCAGUUUCUGAUCCAAAACCUGGACUACACCUCUGUCAAUCCCAUCGCGGUGGAUGCCUCCGGUGCAACUCGCUUGAAUGCGACCUCUCAUGUCGAUACUUGGGUCUGGGGGACCAUGGUUCCGGGGACUUACAACGCUGGAGGAUCGUGGGUCACCAAGAGGCCGGAAGCUCUCUUGGAUAGUAAUCGGUAUUUCACCAAAGCGCAGCCGAGCUACGCUGGCUACAGUGAUGUCGAGGUGAUUAAUGUCAAGACAGUUGCCGAUCAUGUGGUGAAAGGUGACGGUGUGACCGACGACACCGAGGCACUCAAUGCAAUUCUCGCCCAGAAUGCUGAUGAUUGCAAGAUCACCUACAUCCCUUUCGGCGUGUACAAGGUGUCUGAUACGAUAUUCAUUCCUCUGGGAUCCCGGAUUGUGGGCGAGGCAUGGUCGGUCAUCUCGGCCUACGGCGAUUCUUUCAAAAACUCCUCGGAGCCGCGACCAGUGGUGAAAGUUGGGAAUCCAGGGGAUGUUGGCGUGAUCGAGAUCCAAGACAUUCGAGUCUCUGCCGCUGAAAUUCUACCAGGAGCAAAAAUGAUCGAGGUGAAUGCGGCGGGUGAUCAACCCGGGGAUGUUGGUCUUUGGAAUACCGUGAUCACCGUCGGCGGCACAGCAGAGACGUCCAUCUCAACCGACUGCAUCUCACAGCAACCCAAAGACUGUAUGGCCGCAUUCAUGCUCAUGCAUCUGACAAGCACCUCCUCCGCAUACAUUGAGAAUAUCUGGGGCUGGACCGCCGACCACAACCUCGAUAGUGAGUCGAUUCUCACUAUCAUCUCGGCGGCCCGAGGUCUCCUUGUUGAGUCCACCAAGGGUACAUGGCUCACGGGAACGGGCUUCGAGCAUAACUGGCUUUACAAUUACAACUUUCACAAUGCCUCCAACGUCUUUGCUGGUCUCUUGCAGAGCGAGUCGCCGUAUAUGCAAGGAACCGGGGAGCUUGCCAGAGCCCCUGCCCCGUGGCGUGAUGAGCCUUUUCUGGGAGACCCCGAUUUCUCGUGGUGCGGACUCACGGAUGACAAGUGUCGCACCUCAUUGGCGACGAAUGUGGAUGGGGGCUCUGAUAUCGCGCUGUACAACUCAGCGGCGUGGGCAUUUUUCGAUGGGGAGUGGAACGGUCAAUAUAACGAGCCUUGUGAGGGCAAAUGUCAAACGAAUAUGAUGCGCGUCACGGGGACACCGAAGAAUCUGAUUUGGUACUCGAUCAGCACACGAAUGUCAGAUGUGGUGGUGCUGGAUGGCAUUUCAAACCCUCGGGCAGAUGAUCAUGCUGGGGGCUGGGAGAGUCUGAUUCAGGCGUACGGCCAAUUCUCAUCCUAG